GAGAUUCUCUACUCCAGUCUGAUACAAACGUACAAGUCUACACUAUCAAUAAUUCAGGAUCAAAACCAUGAAAUUCUACUCGGCCGUUGUCUCAAUUCUUUUGCUGGUGAACGCUGUUUAUUCCGUUCCUCUCAGCGACUUCGAAGAGACGGAAUACGGAGACAACAAAGGUAUCCGCCAACGAAGAAUUACUUGCGAUCUGCUUAGUCCCGAAAUCAGUGUCAAAGGCUUUGGCGGCAAAGUCAAUAACGGAGCAUGUGCAGCAAACUGCUUGAGCAUGGGGAAGGCUGGCGGCAGAUGCAACAGUGGUGUUUGUCAAUGUCGCAAAACCACUUUCGCAGACUUGUGGAAGCAGCGCUUUGGUUAAUACAACUAGAAGAAAACACACGCAAUUCAAUUACUAUCUAAUCUUAAUAGUAGAAUUAUAAAACGAUUAAUUUAAUAUUUAAAUACUCCCGUAUUUUAUCUAUUGGCUUAUUCUCUUGUAAAAUUUUAUUAGAUAGCAUUUUUUUCUUCUGCGUAUACAUUUGUUUUCUUAACGAUGAACCUUGCAAUUUAUUGUUUAAAAUCAAUAACUGCGAGGUUCGAAAUUCAAAAAGUUGACGUUACCGUGGUAUACACGUCACACACAAGCAAGAGUAUAGCGAUGAUAAAAAUUCAAAGCACUUGAUAGGCAAAAAUGUAUAAAAUCUUAGUCUACAGACUGACCGUUCAUUGAUUCUGUCAGAUAUGUACGUUUGCAUAUGAGAUGAUGAAUAAAUAAUUGCCCUUUUUUUGUAAACUCGAGUUCUAUAGUUUUCAUUUUAAGUUUUAUUGUUCGAUGGUACACAUCAUGCGUUCCAUUCUUUUUUUUUUAAUCUUUCGGUUGUAUUUUGAGUUCAACAUGGAAACUACUCAUAAUAUUAGAAGCAUUCCGUAAAUGUUAAUAUAUUAAACAAUUUUAUAAACUGGAAUACAAUACUAUCGAUAAUUUUAGAUAUUUAAAUUUAAAUUGAACGAGUGAUUUUUUAUUUUCUAAUGAUGCAAACUGCUACCUACUUUUUAAUUUCUAAUUUAAUCAAUAGCAUUGAGUUCUAUUCUCAUCAGUUUUGAAAAACUUCCUGUAAUUUUAAAGAAAUUAUAUUUAUUACUUUAAUCUGAAGUCUCCGUACUUCGUGUUCAAAUCAACGCAAUUGUGUCAAAACAUUACGAUUUGAACUUUUGCACUUUUUCAUGCAUCAACCAAUUGCAAUGUCGGUAACUAGUCAGUUUUUGAAGUUUACUAUAUAUAGUGGUAUUUAACGCGCUUUGCGCGUUCAUUUUUUAUUUUUUUAUGUCACAAGUGUCGUCAAGCGCACUACGUGCGCUUACCUUUCUUUUGUAUUAAUAUUCAAUUUCAUGCUUCAAUCAAAUUAAAACUAUUAUGAAAUACACUGUAUUUAAAAAAUAGUUCUAUGC